AGCGCAGUGCUUUCAUCAAACUGCCUGUUCUUCCCUCCUCCCUUACCGAAGUUCGCAACCCAGGUCGCCAGUUUCGUCCGAACGCACUGCACCACUACCGCUCAUCACACACACGUACACACAGACGCUGCGCGAUCAUUUUCCUCUGUCGUCUUUCCAACUUCAGUGCCACGUGCCCACUUGUUACUGCAGACCCCGCACUCGUUGAACACAGCAGUACAAAAAGAAAGCACUGCACACCACGCUGCACACAUGAACAAAGAGACCGCUUCGCAUGCCCCGUCGUACCGCAACGACCAACGCGUUUUUGCGCCGCUCUCGGCCCAACACCCGGCCUCGGUGCGGCGUCGCGAGGUGCAGCGAUUUCGCCGUGGCGACGGCACCCAUGGGCGGCGCGCGUGGAACCCGUCGACGCACGACGAGCUGCACCCCUUUCCGCAGCCUGCGCUGCUGCACGCGACGACGUGCUACAACGGCGUGGAUGUGGUGGAGACACACUUCCCGGAGACGGUGAAGGGCUCCGCUUUUUUGCGGGUGCCGGGGUCCGCGCAGCCGAGGCUGUGGACGCGCAACCGCACCCGUGCCGCGGCCUCGACACGUCACACCUACCGCUGCAGCGCGCUGGAAGCUCAGGAACCCACGCACAGCUACCUUGCCCGACUCAUCGUGGAGGAUGCCGACCCGGAAAAGAAGAUGCUACGCGAAGGGUGGAGUGCGAGUACGUCGCUUCAAGGUUCGCGUGGAAAUCGGUUUAUCGCACCAGAGCCAGAGGACGACUCGCAUCAGGCGGCGCAUCGCGAGCUCAACGAAACGCUCAGUACGGCAGCCGUUGGCGGCUACAUCACGCCGUACAACCGUGUGAAGCAGCUCAACGCGACACUCUCCGGACAACGAAGUCUUAAGCGGACUGCCGAGACGGAGUCACUCGACGCGCUUUACGAUACGCGUGCUGGACCGGCGGUGUUUAAGAUGAGCAAUGCAGACGAGUGGUGGGACAUGGACCCAGUCGCCGUGACGCGGGAGCUGACGGAGCGCGUGGAGGAGAUGAAGGCGAACCCCUACUCCACGACAUUUCGCAGCACAAAGUCGGUCUCUGACAAGAGCACUCUCUAA